AUGGACGACUCGUGGAAAUUUAGCCAAUGUUUUGGCGACAAAGGCGACAUCGAAAACAUUACAGAGGCCGAUAUCAUCUCGACGGUGGAGUUUGACCAUACUGGUGACUUCUUAGCAACAGGGGACCGCGGAGGACGAGUGGUUCUUUUUGAGAGAAACGAGAACAAAAAGACAUGCGAGUACCGAUUCUACACAGAGUUUCAGUCUCACGACGCGGAGUUUGACUACCUCAAAUCUCUGGAGAUCGAGGAGAAAAUCAACAAGAUUAAAUGGCUGAAGCGUUCCAACCAGUCCAAUUUCUUGCUCUCUACCAACGACAAGACUAUUAAGCUGUGGAAAGUGUUUGAGAAGCAAAUCAAGAUGGUCUCCGAGAACAACCUUAGCGAGCAUCCGGUUUCUUCUCCAAAACUCCAUCCUCAGUAUUCUUCGUUUCAGACAAACGCAAACUUCACACAGCCUCAUCCUCAGUUUGUCUCCGCAGCUAACUUGAAGCUUCCUAGACUCACCAUGCACGAUACUAUCACGGCAGCACAACCGAAAAGAAUCUAUGCUAACGCUCAUGCAUAUCAUGUCAACUCUAUCAGUGUGAACUCUGAUCAGGAAACGUUCAUUUCUUCCGACGACCUUAGAAUCAAUUUGUGGAACUUGGGAAUAGCGGACCAGUCGUUUAACAUAGUGGAUAUUAAGCCUGUGAACAUGGAGGAACUCACAGAAGUGAUAACUAGCUCUGAGUUCCAUCCUACUGACUGCAACCUGUUCAUGUACUCUUCGUCCAAGGGAACCAUCAAGCUAAAUGACAUGCGGGUCAAUUCGUUAUGUGACAAUCAUGCGCGCGUUUUUGAGGAGUACAUGGAUCCUUCGAAUCACAACUUUUUCACAGAAAUCACUUCUUCCAUAUCCGAUGUCAAGUUCAGCUCCAACGGCAGGUACAUUGUGUCGAGAGAUUACAUGACGGUCAAAAUAUGGGAUAUUGCAAUGGAGUCGGAGCCUAUCAAAACUAUCAACAUCCAUGAGCAACUCAGGGACAGAUUGUGCGAUACCUACGAAAACGACGCCAUUUUCGACAAGUUCGAGGUGCAAUUCAGCGGAGAUAACAAAUCCAUUAUGACCGGUUCAUACAACAAUAAUUUCAUGAUCUACCAAAACGUGGUCGGGGACCAAGGUUCGGAGAAGGACAUUGUACUACAAGCAGACAAGUCCGCGUUCAAGGCAAAGAAGGUUAACUCCAGCAAACGCAAAAAUCUAUCCAUGAUGAAUAAGAUGGAUUUCGAGACCAUCGAUUUCAAGAAAUCAAUUCUACAUUUGAGUUGGCAUCCAAACGAAAAUUCGGUCGCCAUUGCCGCAACCAAUAAUCUAUAUAUCUUCUCGGCUCUCUAG